ACCGCGCGCGGGGCCGGAGCGGCGGCGGCGGCGCGGGAAGAGCCCCGGCGGGCCCGGCCUCCUCUGAGGAGCCAUGUACACCACGAAGCUCUUCACCCUGGUGCUGGUGGUGCAGCCGCAGCGCGUCCUCCUGGGCAUGAAGAAACGCGGGUUUGGAGCUGGGCUGUGGAAUGGCUUCGGUGGGAAGGUGCAGCCGGGGGAGAGCAUCGAGGAGGCUGCUCGCAGGGAGCUCCUGGAGGAGAGUGGACUGACUGUGGACACCUUGCAGAAGAUGGGUCAGAUCACAUUUGAAUUUGUGGGCAACUCUGAACUCAUGGAUGUCCACAUUUUCCGGGCAGAUGAUUUUCAUGGAGAGCCAACAGAAAGCGAUGAAAUGCGUCCCCAGUGGUUUCAGCUGGAUGAGGUGCCCUUCAAUCGCAUGUGGGCAGAUGAUAUCUACUGGUUUCCCCUGGUGCUUCAGAAGAAGUUGUUUCGGGGCUAUUUUAAGUUCCAGGGACAAGACACUAUCCUGGAGCACACCCUGAAAGAAGUAGAGGAAGUUUAAGAAAACGGAAGCAGUCAACUCACGUGCUGCUGCCCACAUUGGGCUGCACCACCACGAGUACUACUUCUAAGGGUCUUCUUUCUUCAGCUCUCCAGCAAAGGAGACUGAUGGGUCAGGUCACUGGGAAGUAAGGAAAAUAAGGAGGUUUCUUAGAGCAGAAAUAAAAGUAAUGAGAUUGUCCAUGCUGUGAAGUCCUUGGCUCUGUUACACUUCAGCCAGGGUUAUGUGAUCACAGCUAUUCAAAACAUAGCGUUAACUCCUUUCUGCACAGGUGAAUGGUGUUUUAGGCUUUCCCCUCAUGGCUGGAAAUGUUUUUUUAAAAGAUUAAAGAUAUUUUUUAGUAAAAGCAUGUGUUCUGUUGUAAACUGCUGGCUGCCUUCUCAGCUGGUUAAGGGCCUUUCAGGAGGUGGCUUCCUUUCACAAAAGCAUUAAGUGGACAGUGAGGCAUCAGAAUCAGUUAUCUUCUUUCUCUCUUCCAGUUUCUAUCCAGCUCCCUACUCAGCAUUAACUCCUGGGGCAAGGCAAAGCUUGACCAGCGCUGUGAAAGCCCUUUGUAAAGUGAAACAGCACAUAUUGAAGAUUGGGAAUUAGCCUGUUAGAAAUUCCAGGAAUUACACCCUUGCACAAUCAAAGUAGAAGAGUAAAAGCACUGGAAUGCAGCAAGGCACUGCUGAACACUGAGGAACAACAACUUGCAGAGACGGAAGGAGGGGAAGAGCAGGAUCAAAGAUUACGGUUGUAUUGUAAAUACAGCUUGGAAAGCCUUUCAACACAUGAUACUGGUCAAAAAGCCUCUAUAUUGCCAUUUCACAGCUCGGAGCAGAGGAGACCUCAGGAGUGACAAAAACAUAUAGCCCUUCUGAUAAAACAAUUUUCAGGCACAGUUUCAGGUUCUCAGCUGUUUCCUACCCUGGUACCUCCACAACAGGUUUGACAGAGACACUGACAGGAACAUUGGAGGCCUUUUCUACCAUCUCUGUGUUGAACACACGAAAGUCCCUGUGACCUCCAGCAACACACAGAACACUUCCUCUCAAGAAGGCACAUUAACUCUUUGGCGCUACAUCUUACAGGAGCAUCAGUCCUUGGCCAGGCAUCAAUUAGUCUUCUGGUUUGAUUAGUGUUUAGUGCAAUCUACCCAGCUACCAGCAAUGGAACCAACUCCAUUAAGUCUUGUUCCCACCCUUGUAUAUAGCUGGGCUGUUUGCUGCAGAAGGCAAUAGCACAGAGGUAACUAGAACUGAUUCUCCUACACUGAUGAGGGGAGAUAAAACAACCGAAGUCAACUGGAUUGACUCCCUGCUGCAUUCCUUUACAGGAAAGAAGCUGUACUUGGUGCUGCUCCCCAAGCCUGGCAGAUCCAUAAACUAAACAGAACAAACACAGUAAGGAAACCCCUCACGUGUUGAGGUAAACAUAACAGUGCUAUUUGCACACUGACCAGUCUCCCAAAAAUAAGGCUUGCAAACUAAGGGUUGUAUGAAAUAGUGUAGGCAUGUAUUUAGGAAUGAGACAGAAGCUUGACAGUCCAGUAUGAGAGAAACUCUGAAAGUGCCAUUAGGUGUAUCAGCUUUGAGAAUACCAGGCCUCUGUUCUCAAAAUAGUAGGUGAACAGAGUAAAACCCAACCAAGGAAACCCACCCCCAAAACUGCUCCCCUCACAGAGGCGAGGGCUGGCCAUGGAGGAAUGGGGAUUUCCUCCAAACAACCUAAUUCCAGUUUCUUUACAGGUCAUGUGGUCUGUAUGUAUCAUCAUUACAGUCACUGCUUUUGGACUGCAGAAUUCCUGCUUUGAAGGAGAACGGAAAAAGAGGAGUUAGUCUAAAGCCCAAAUGUGGGUUUGAUGUUUGGGGUAUUUUGUGUUUUCUUUUUUGGUUUGUUUUUAAAUAAAGUCCAAAAUUGUAACUUCA